AUCAUAAAGCACAAGGAAUACACUUUUGGGAUCUUCGCUAUAAAGUGCUUCAAAUUAAUUACUUUUCUAGCUAAACUUCUUUGCCAAAACCUUCCCCUUCAAAGUAAAUUGCAAAUCACUUCUCUAGCUGAAAUUCUCUGCACAAAGCUUCCCCUUAAUAGUCAAUUGUAAAUCACUUCUCUAGCCAAACUUCUGUGCCCAAAAGCACUCAACUUAUCGAUCAAUCUGCUGAGGAGCACUAAAAGCUGUCAGAGCUUUAAUGAAAGCACAAAGCUUGCGAGCUUUUACUCAAUUCAUUUGACCGCAGCGGCAAGCAACUAGAGACUGAAACUGAGACAGUUCGAUAAGACUGCGCCAAUGACGUCAAGACUAAUACGAAUGUUUUAAUUGAAAUAGAAGACGAAGAAAGGAAAGCGAGGGGGGAAACGACACGAAGAUAGGCUAGAUACGAUAAAUAAGCAAGAACGCGACGCGCGCUCUUGUCAGUCGACAGCGCUAACUGGGCCCAUAAGCAGGGGGGGCUUAAGCAGGCCAAGUGCAAGUGCGAACUCAAGAGGCGAACAAAAAACAAAACGGUAGCUGGUCAUGUCUGUGGUGUGGAUUGGCACCUUCAAGGUGGCGAUGAUUGUGGGCGUCACCUGGCUGGUGGUGCGACGGAACGCUUACAGUCGAAGAGGUGUACAAAGAUCGCGACCAGUUCGCUGCAUUGGUCCGCGAGGUGGCCGCACCUGAUGUCGGACGCAUGGGCAUCGAGAUCCUCUCGUUCACCAUCAAGGAUGUCUACGAUGAUGUGCAGUACUUGGCCUCGCUGGGCAAGGCGCAGACGGCGGUGGUGAAGCGCGAUGCCGAUGCCGGUGUCGCCGAGGCGAAUCGUGACGCUGGCAUUCGGGAGGCCGAGUGCGAGAAGAGCGCCAUGGAUGUGAAAUACUCGACGGACACGAAAAUCGAGGACAACACGCGCAUGUUCAAACUGCAGAAGGCCAAUUUCGAUCAGGAGAUCAACACGGCCAAGGCUGAGUCGCAGUUGGCCUACGAACUGCAGGCGGCCAAGAUUCGCCAGAAGAUCCGUAACGAGGAGAUCCAGAUCGAUGUCGUCGAGCGUCGCAAGCAGAUCGAGAUCGAAUCGCAGGAAGUUCAGCGCAAGGAUCGCGAACUUAUCGGCACUGUCAAGCUGCCCGCCGAGGCUGAGGCUUAUCGUGUGCAGACCAUUGCCCAGGGCAAGCAAUGCCAGACCAUCGAGGGAGCACGCGCUGAAGCCGAGCGCAUUCGCAAGCUCGGUUCAGCCGAGGCUCAUGCCAUCGAGCUGGUGGGCAAAGCGGAGGCAGAACGCAUGAGGAUGAAGGCGAAUGUGUACAAACAGUACGGCGAUGCGGCCAUUAUGAACAUUGUGCUCGAGUCGCUGCCCAAGAUUGCUGCUGAGGUGGCCGCACCGUUGGCCAAGACGGAUGAGAUUGUGCUGAUCGGUGGCAACGAUAAUGUGACCAACGAUGUCACUCGUCUGGUGGCCCAACUGCCGCCCUCGAUCAAUGCCUUGACCGGAGUGGAUCUGUCCAAGGUGCUGUCGAAGAUACCCGGAGCCAAGGCGUGAAAUCUGCUUGAAUGGGAUGUGCAACAAAUGGCAAUGACGACGUAACCCCCCAAGAAAAGGAAUUGCAAAAUGGAUGAAGCGAAAUGAAACGACAGAACGACAUCAAAAGAGAUAGAGAUAGAGCGAUAGAGCGUUAGGCGUAGAGCGCGCAAGCGAGCGAGUGAGUGAGAGAGAGAGAGAGAGAGCGAAAGAGAAAACCACACAAAGGAAGAGUCUAAAGAUAAUCUAUAUAAAAGAACACACAACUACAAUAAAACUAAAAGAAAAAGUAAAACAUAAAAUGAGAGAAUAACAGUUAUAGCAAAAUGUACUCCGAUAUUACGUGUCAGUGUGUCUAUGUGUGUCUGUGCGUGUGUGUGUGUGUGUGUUAAUACGCAGAUCUGUAUAAGGAUCAGCAAUAUAAACAAACAAUCGAAACUUUUGCAUUUCGCACGCAUUCGCAAAACGCAUUUUGUGGCCUUUUCUCGAUUAAUAAGAAAUACCAAAAACAACAAAAAAAAAAUAACAGCUAUAAAAAGCAAAAAAAAAGUAAAACUCAUUGUGCGUAGUUUGUUGGUAUUGAUAAUAACUAUAUACUAUAUAUAUUUACAUGUCAUUUGUCAAUGUUGUAAUCGCUGUCAUUUAGUUCAUAAGCAUAACAACAAGAAACUGAAACAUCUAAUACAACAACGCACAACGAUUAUCAAAUAGUUUUGAUUCAAGCAUUCGGAUCGGCAGUCGUUUACCAACACUGUCGUUCACCAACACUCUUUUCGACCGUCUCUAUUCAGUUCAAACUACAACAACUGCCUCAACAACAACAACAACAUCAACAACGACGUCAACGUGCCAAAUGAUGGGCACCCUAAUACACACACACACACACACACACACACUAACACAUUCAGUUGAUGCACUUUCCAACACUAUUUUUUCAAUGAGGCCGCUCUUCCACACACACUCUCAUACACACACACACACACUCAAACGACACGCGUUCAAUUCAAGAUUUUUUUUCUAUUAUUAUGAAUAUCAUUAACAAUUUUUAUACGUUUUACAACACUAUUUAUGUUUAAAUUCUGUUUAACCCCCGUGUUUUCUGUUCCAUCUGCAUUUCACAUUUUGUUUUUUAGUUCUUAGCAAAGAAAACACUUGAAAUUACCAAAACCUUAAGAAAACAUACAAAAAAUUUAUAAAAAAAAAAACAAAACAACUUAAAUUUAGUUAAAACAAUUUU